GGUCCCACAUACUUCCGCCUCGGUAGCUGUCAUGGCGGCCAGGCUGGGUUCAGCUGAGGGUGAAGGCAGACACGUGAUCUCCCUAUCUCCUAAGGUCACCCUUGUGCAGACAGUCCUCGCAGUUCAGAGUAAAAGUGUGUCAAACACCAUUUUACAGAGCAGGAUCAGUUUCUUUGAGGAGACCCUCCUAGGAGGAUUGCCAUGUAACAGCAGAGCAGAUCGCACAUUCAAGCCCGUUAGGAAAGACGUAUGAAAUAGUCUCAGAGGAACAGCCGUGUUAGGCCAGUUUGCUGUACAUGGGGCAGCGGUUGACUGCUUGAGAGGCUGCACUCGCACUAAGGCUCUUUUCCCCCACGACUUCUGGGAAGAUGGUCCUACCUGGGAAAGUGCUUUGUACUGUUGGGAUUCUAGCCGGGCUCCUGGCUUUCUUCUGGAGAGACACCUUUAACCCAGACAGCAUCUCUGGCGCCCGAGUUCUCCUGACCGGAGCCAGCACUGGGAUCGGAGAGCAGAUGGCAUAUCAUUACUCCAAAUUUGGUGCUGAAAUAGUUCUGACUGCCAGGAGAGAAACGCUGCUGCGGAAGGUGAUGGAGAAGUGUCUGCAGCUAGGAGCAAAGAAAGUCUUUUACAUCCCGGAUGAUAUGUCUUCUCCUCAAGCCCCGGAAAGGGUGGUGCAAUUUGCUUUGCAAAAACUGGGGGGACUGGAUCACCUUGUGCUGAACCACAUUGGCAGCACCCCGUUCCGGAUGUGGGAGGGGGAUGUGGAACACACCCGCUGGCUCCUACAGGUGAAUUUUCUUAGUUACGUGGCCUUGGCCUCUGCAGCUCUUCCCAUCCUGGCUGAGAGUAAAGGAUCUCUGAUUGUGGUUUCUUCCCUCACAGGGAAAGUCUCCACUCCCUUCACAACCUCUUACUCCGCCACCAAGUUUGCUCUGGAUGGAUUCUUUGGCUCCCUGCGCCAUGAGCUUGCCAUGCAGAAGCAAGAUGUGUGUAUCACACUCUGCAUCCUGGGGCUGAUCAACACUGAAGUGGCUUUGGAGAAGACGAGGGACAAGGUGUACCUGAGCGCCUAUCCAGCUGACGAAGCUGCACUGGCUAUCAUCCAAGGGGGAGCCACCAGGGCGCGGGAGGUGUUCUACCCAUGGUGGCUGGAGCUGGUGUGCCGCCUGCGGGAUUGGUUCCCUGACCAGAGGGAUGUUGUCAUACAGAGCUUCUAUAACUACACCAGCACCUGAGUGGUGCUGAGCAACCAUUCCCUUCACCCUGCAGUGACAGGUGCAAGGCCCUCCCUCCCACUGAGGUCAGAUCAUUGUCUUCAAUGGGAGCAGGAUUUGAACCUGGAACAAGAAAACAUCAGGGAAUCCUUGGCUUAGGGUCCAGUAGCAACCUUAGCGCUGACCCCUCCUCUGUCCCCAUCAACCUUAGCUCCGACUCUCUUCCUCCAUCCAUGUCAAUGUCUGACCCUCCCUCCUCCCCGUCAGUUAGUCCCCGACCCAUUUUCUGUCCCCAGCAACCUUGGUUCUAGCCAGUGUUCCCUCUAAGCUGAGCACUUGGGCGGUCACCCAGGAGAGAUUCAAAUACCGCCCAGCUGAUUAGCAGAGCGCUCGUGGCUGCAACGUGUUUCUGUUAGUCGGGUGUAUUUGUACAUACCCUGGUGCACAAAACAACAUUUAUUCUGUACAAUGAUGGAAAAAUUUAGAGGGAACCUUGGUUCUGACCCCACCUCUAUCCCAUCAACCUUAAUUCUGACCCCUCCCCCCAUCCAUGUCUGAAUGCCCCUUCCUCCCCAUCCACCUUAACUCUCUGCCCUCCUCCGUUCAUGUCAGUUUUAACUCUUUGCCCAUCCUGCUCCCUGUUCAUAGUCUAUGCAUGGUCGAAAGGCCUCGUGCUGCCAUCUGAUCGGCACCACCUCAGCAGCCCUUGCUACAUUGUCUCUAGCCUCUCUGGCUUCAUCUGUUCAUUGAUAUGGGUAGGAAACUCCCCCCCACCCCCCGCUCCAGCCCAAGAUCUUCCAGGGCUAAGGACUCCCCACUUCUCCAGUGCAGCAUCCUCCCUGCCAGAAACUCACCUGACGUUCCUACCCCAAGGAUAACUUCCCCCAUAGGAGGCAGACCUUUCUAGUGGGAUAAAUUCUUGCGCCCCUUGCUGGGUUUCCAAGGGCCCUGGGAUUGGUGAGCUGGGGGCUUGGAUGCCUUCCAGGAGGGAUAUGUUCACCAACCCCAGAGCGGCUCCAGUCAGCCUCCAUACUCCUUCCCCUCUUAGCCAAUAAGACAUGGGCACUAGUCCAGAAAUCCCCCUUGCGUGCGAGUCAGGUGGCUUCCCCUUUUGCCACUGGGCAAGGAGAAAGUUCUAUGUUAGGGGCUGGGGGUUUGCUUGGGGGUCUCCCCCUUGCCUGGUUGACCAGAGCAACAGGCAAAGAUGAUACUCACAGCUCUUGCCCCCGGUUGGCAGGUGGGAUGUGGAAGAACCAGUGGGUCCCACAUGCAGGGGCGGCCCUAGACUAGCUGCCAGCAACUGGCGCCCUAGGCGAACCAGGCAAUUGGCGCCCCCACCUCUAAACCCCUCAAUGAUAUUGCGCCACCAUUUGGCGCCCCAUUUAACUUGGUGCCCUAGGCAACCGCCUAGUUUGCCUAUAUGGACAGGCCGCCCCACGUGCCCGCAGCCCCCCCACCCAGUUCAGGGUGCAGCCAGCACACCCUUCCCAGCUGCGCCUGACCCCAAUUCAGGUGGAGUCUGAGGCCUGGUUGUCAGCGGUGCCAGCCACCCACAGCUGUUCUCGAAUCCAGUGGAUUUUGUGGGUGAUCAGCCCUUCUGCCUGCUGCAAAGCCAGUGUGAAUGGGGCAAGGCAGCCUGGCUCCCACAAGG